AAGUAGCAAGUGCCUCAUUCUUUCCUAGUAAAUUCUGUCAGGUUUAUGAGAAUUUUGGGUACAUAGGAAACUCGAACAGAAUGGGUGGAUGUUGCUGCAGAAAUCCCACAUCUCCGUAUCCCACAGUCCCAAUGGAGUUUAUGGAUAGCCUGAAGAGUAAGACACAACGUACGCGAGUGGUGAAAGUAAUCGGGGAAUCUCAGAAAGUACUGGCUCCUCCCCCAGUGAAACCCACACAGAUACAGUAUCUGUACAAUCGAUUCUGUCAAAUUUCUGGCGAAUAUCGUCCUAAUCAGGUGCAGAAGUACAACUUUUACUCGGGCCUGUUGUCCCUGAAUCCCCUGCUGCCAACAAUUCUGAACUGCAUGUUCGGCGAUAAGAAUGUGAUCACCUUUGUAGAGUUUGCCAUGUUCCUGAGCACCUUCCAGGCGCACUCCCUGAAGACCAAGAGGGGCGUCAAGAACGAAGGAAAGGACCGCAAGUUGAACUAUCUGUUCAGUAUGUAUGAUCACAACAAAGAUGGGCGCAUCACCAAGGUGGAUCUAGUGAUCAUAGUGCACAAACUAUUCGCGCAUAUGAUGGAUCAUCUGCAGAUCAUGCGCAUAGUGGACACAAUGAUGACGGAAAUGGACUGUACGGACACUAAUCAAAUAACUUUCCGGGACUUCUGCAAGGCCUUCGAGGUCUUCGACAUGGCCGAAAUGAUGGUCACCUUUAUACCCGAGUUCCGGGGACGUUCCAACGACGAUGGGAAAUCUUCAAAGUGGUUUUGUUGGAAGUGAACCAAAAAUAAAAUAUCUUUCUAACUAUGAUGCACUUCAA